GCCAAUUUGUAAAGCUAUGCAUGGUGCGGGACGCGAAUAAAUCAUACUACACGUUCCCAGCGACUAGUUCUUGAACGCUGCGGCCGCAGGAGGCUGCCCGGGCAACGAUGGCCACGCCGCCGAGCCAGGCCAAGACCAAGAGCAGCCAGGCCAAGACAAAAAAGCGCCGCCCCGCCGCCGACGACCCGCCCACGCCAGGUUCCAAUGAUCCGCUCCUCGCGGAGCUGCGCGAGACGACGACGCAGCGCCUCGCCGCCUUGCUCGCGUCCAAUACAAACUUGCUGAGCGACCUCGGCCGGCUCAAUACGAGUGGAGUGGACACGGGCACGGUCUUUGGCCGGGCGCUGAAGCGGGCCCGGGGGCUGGAGACGUUGGUGCCGCCGCCGCCGCCGCCGCCGGAGCACCGGCCGCGUCCAGUCAAGUGCGCGGCCUCGCUCCACACGUCCGUCAUCGUCGACGGCGCGGCCGUCGCCUUUGGGUUUGAGCCCUGCGGCGGCGACUGGCGGAGCCCGGGCCACGUGCCGUCCCAACUGCCCCGGAUCGGCACGGCCCGGGACGUCGCCGUGGCGUGCGGCUGGGGGUUCACGGUCGUCGUCGACGCUUUUGGUGUGGCGCGCGCCGGCGGGCGGCUGCCCGGGUUGGCGCCGGGGUCUUCAUUGAGACCGUUGCUCCCGAAGGUGCGCGUCCUCGCGGUCUCCGCGGGCGCCGCUCACGUCCUAUUCUGUGUGGAAAUCAAAUUUACGGCGCUUUCGUCUUGAAUCGCCGCGUCGACCUCCACGCCAUCGACGCGACACCUGCUCGAUGGCGUGGCGAUGUCGGUACCUCACCGCUCGACGGAGCCAGCGAGCCCACGUCAUCGCCAAGUGCACCCGACACACUGAUUGAUUUCCACACAGGUCCUAUUGGCGGACGACCAGGGCCGCUGCUGGUCCGGCGGCGACGCGGGGGACGGGCGGCUCGGCCGGGGCGGGGCGUCUGAGCUGGCUAUCGUCGAGGGGGUCGAUGACAUCAAAGGCGUCGCGGCCGGAGCGUGCCACUCGCUCGCCUUCACAUCGAAAGGAACGCUGUACGCCUGGGGCCUCGCGAGCGACGGCCGCCUCGGAUUCACGACGGAGGACGCGAGCGCGCCGCCGACGCGCGUCGCCCUCGAGGGCGUCGUCGACGCGAGCGCGGGCAAGUACCACUCGCUCGUCGUCGCGUCGGAGGGGGUCGUCUUUGCGUUUGGCGACAACAGUUACGGUCAGCUCGGGCUCGGCCACGCGGACGACGCCUGGGAACCAGCCUGCGUCGCCUUGCCGUCGAGUGCCGUGUGCGUCGCCGCCGGCGCGUCGCACUCUUUGGUCUUGCUCGAGGAUGGCGACGUCGUCGGCUUCGGCUCCGACGCGCAAGGCCAGCUCGGCGGCGCGCGCGUCGAUGACGACGAGAGCGACAGCGACUCGUCGGACACGGACAGCACGUCGUCGUCCUCGUCCUCGGCGGCGGACGACGAGGUCUGGACGCCCGCGCGCGUACCUGGGCUUUGCGGCAAGGGCGUCGUCGCGGUCGCGGCGGGCGGCGCCGCGAACAGCGACGCGGGCCACACCGUCGCCGUGACGGCGGCGGGCGCGGUGCUCUGUUUGGGUGCUGGGGGCUUAGGCCAGCUCGGCGCUGGCGUGGAUUCUUCUUCGACUCCUCUGCCGGUGCCCGUGCGGAAGACUGCUUGGAGUUAGUAUUCACAAUGUUCUUCUUACACA